UCCUCCAGACACCGCCCGUCCCGGGUGAGCGGGGAUAUGUCUCACUCUAACAUGUUGAAACAACAGGGCAUUAGAUUUACUGAUCGUUUUCCGCCGGUGGAGCGGAGCUUAUGACAUGAUCAGUGACAAUCUGACUAACAUCAGAGUUGGCCGAUCCGCCCGUCAGAGCUGCUCUGUAACAUAAAUGUAGCGCAUCAGUCGGUUUCGGCUCAUGGAGGAUAAGGGAGAAAUGUAAACAACCUUCACGUAAAUCUGAAGCUCCGGUGUUUCCGGUGAGAAGCGGCUCAUCAACCGACCGUCAGUGGCUCCGGGGUCAGUUCACGUCUCUGCGGCUUCACACACAACUUGUCUGGGUUAGCUCGCUGUGCUAGCUGCUAGCUGCUAGCUCCGGGACUGAUUGUCAGAGCUGAAAGCAGCUUAACGGAGGCUUCAGCCGCAGGUUCCGGGUUUGUGUCCGGGGAAGCACCGGGUCAAGCACCGGGUCAAGCACCGGGUGGGGGACCGAGAAGCGUCACCGGGAAGUACAGCAGGUGUUUGAGUCCGGUCCUCAUCAAUCUGAUGAACUCUGACCCACAUUCACGCACAGGUCCGACUGGAAGUCGCUUCACUGUUAAGACGACAAACUGAAAGAAUCCUCCAUCGUGGAACAGUGAAGAUUCUCUUCAGUCAUCACCAGCCUUGUGCUGGAAAGGGGUGCGUUUGUUUUGUGACCCUCGGCGUGUGGCAGCCUCCUCCUCCAUCUUGGAGCAGUGUGUUUUGGAGUUUGAGAACGUGUGGACCCUGCAGCGGUUUCUCUGAGCCUCAGUCUUUGGACUUCUUUCUACUUUGACUGUUUGAUAGUGCUUUGCUCUGUGAAGCCUUGGUUUUACAGUGUUGAUCGAUCCAUAAGCUGAUGAUGGCAGAUUCCAGUUCACAGCAGGCAGCAGCAGCAGACCUGCUGAUUGAACCGAUUCUUACCACAGAAACCACCUCCAAGGAACUGAUCAUAACCACAGCGAUGGAGGAGCGGGGCCAGAUGAUGGAGUCAGAUGUCGUAGCUGAGGUCGGCAGAAAUUAUGGGAUUGCAGACAGUCCUCUACCCGGCAAAGUCCUAAAGGAGGAGGAGGCCCUGCCCCCGACGCUGUCAACUGAAAACAGGAGGAUGACUCUGCUCAGACACAUGGAGAAUGAGGGGGGGCGGGACAGAGGAGGAGACACAGGUCUGGACCUGGAGGACAGCUCGUCUGUAGCGACAGCGGGCAGUUCUGAGGACCAGCAAGAGUCCACGGCCUCUGCAUCCUUCUCCAUCCCCAGUCUUGAGCUGUCCGACGGGGUCACAGCCACAGGAAACUCCCAGGACGUGGAGGACAGCUUGUCCUCGUCCUUCUCUGCUGUGGGUGCGCAGGGCUGCGCUCUGUCCGCCGGGGUCAGCGAUCUUAAAGAUGGCGACGCCCUGGAGGCUGCAGGGGGCGCUGUCCCUGCAGCAGCUCCUCCUGCCGUCGCCUGCUCCUCCUCCUCCUCGGCGGCGGAGGCAGGGGCAGCUUCUCCUGUACCGGCGUAUUACCUGGUGAAGUGGAUCACCUGGAAGGAGAAGAAGACGCCCAUCAUCACUCAGAGUGAGAAUGGACCCUGCCCCCUGCUGGCCAUCAUGAACACUCUGUUUCUACGCUGGAAGGCUAAGCUUCCUGCUCAGACGGAGGUGGUCACCACCGAGGACCUGAUGGCUCACCUGGGAGAGUGUGUGUUGUCUGUCACACCCAGAGAAAAAACUGAUGGGAUGGAGCUUAACUUCCAACAGAACAUGAGUGACGCGAUGGCCGUCCUCCCUAAGCUCUCCACAGGUCUGGAUGUUAACGUGCGUUUCACUGGAGCGACCGACUUUGAAUACACACCUGAGUGCAUCGCGUUCGACCUGCUGGACAUCCCCUUGUACCACGGCUGGCUGGUCGACCCACAGAGUCCAGAGAUGGUGUCGGCUGUGGGGAAACUGAGCUACAACCAGCUGGUGGAGAAAAUCAUCGACUACAAACACUCAGCGGACAGCAGCCGAGUCAGUGAAGGUCUGGUAGCAGAGCAGUUUUUGGAGUCGACUGCGACACAGUUGUCGUAUCACGGUUUGUGUGAACUCAACACAACGGCCAAAGAGGGAGAGAUCUCCGUGUUCUUCAGAAACAACCACUUCAGUACCAUGAUUAAACACAAGGGUCACCUGUACCUGCUGGUCACGGAUCAGGGCUUCCUGCAGGAGGAGCCUCUGGUGUGGGAGUCGCUUCAUAACGUUGAAGGCGACGGGAACUUCUGUGACUCUGACUUCAGACUGUGUCAUCAGAGAGCUCCGCCCACUGCCGCCCCCCCCGCACAGGAACAACGGAGACAGAUCGACCAGGACUACCUGGUGGCCGUGUCCCUGCAGCAGCAGGGCGGGGCCCCGGGGCCCCUCAGUGACCUGGAGUUGGCCCGACAGCUUCAACAGGAAGAAUAUCAGCAGCAGCAGCAACUCCAGCAGCCAGGGGCAGUGCAGACACAACAGGUCAGAGGUCAAGGGUCACAGCAAACGAGGAGGAGGGAGAAGGACUCCGACUGUGUUCUCCUGUAGAGAGAGAGACAGAGACACACACACACACACACACACACACACACAGCUCGAUGCCAAACCCCAGUGCUUUGUCCGACAGGAAACAGUUUGUGAUUCCAGGUUUUGAAAGUUUGUAAAUUUGUGUGAAAUGAAAACUGAGUCUGGUCAAAGGUGUAAAAACUAAAUAAAAUUUAAUUCAUGUCUUUAUUUUCAAUAAAGUUAUUUAAUUGACGAGUUAUUUACCAUUGAUCACAUCAAUACAAAGUUUGAACUGAAACAUGAAACAGUUUGUGUCUCUUGUGACGUAUUAACAUUAAAUCUUCUUUAAACAUCAACUCAUUAAUGAAAUCGAUGAAAAGUCUGUUGUUUGAUUUUAAAAUAAGUGAACUGUUUAUUUGUCUUAUCGGCUUCUAACUGACCAGUAACACAAAUCAUUGAAACAUUAGUCAGCGUGGAAUUAUCAGACGGUGGCUGAUGAAGAUGAAGAUGUGGGCGUGACCUCCGAUGAAACAAACCUGUUCACAACAAUCAGCUGUAAAACCAGGACGUUACAGAACUGAACUCCGAGAGCUUCUGUUUCCACACUGAAAGAGUCAUGAUGUCAUCGUCUGGUCCUUUUUAAAGAACGUUGAUUCAUUCAAAUACAGGAAACAGAAACGUGAGGUUCACCCCCCCCCCCCCCCCACGUCCGCUUCAACCUGCUCGUCAACUCGACUAUUAAAUCUGAAUUUUAUUAGAAACUGAUCAGACGUGACGAGAGAAAACUGAACAAAAUAUAUCUGAAGAUUUACUUUUAUUAUCUCACUUCUGAAGUUCUUAGUAAUUUAAUGUUGACUAAUAUCACAGAAAUUUGAUUUAGUUUUAAUGAUCGAAUUGUCCACUCUUUAGAUUCAUGUCCACAUUUCCAAACGUCCGAUCAGAAUAUGAUCAAAAUCUUUGAGUUUGAUCUAAUCAGUAAAAAUAAUUAUUUAAAAUUAAAUCAAAGUUUAUACUCCAAACAGAUAACAUUUAUUUUUCAUUGUGACUCUUUGUCUCAAAGUUGAAAAAGAGACUGAAACCUAAGAUUCUGUUGAGACGUCAAAUAAAAAGAAUGGGAUAAAAUCUUUUAUCCUAAAAAGCUUUUUAAAAACUUUGAUUAUUUCCUGAUUUAAAUCUACGGUAAAGAAAAACAACUGUUCACGUCUUAAAACUGAAAAUAAAGCGUCUGAUUUAACACUGUAAACUUUCCCAUCAUGCUUUUCUGUGUGUUCUGUAUUUCUUGUUUUUCUUUUGAUGGAUUGAAAGCUUCACUGUUUCACCAAUUUAUUUAAUUGUCAAUAAAAUAAAA